GCUACCAUCGCCUCUGCGUUGCGAUUUAACCCCUCCUCGCCCUUUGCAUAGCCUCUCUGGCUCUCGAACUGUGAAGCUUGACUCCUCGUGCCCGGUGCAAGCUCCAAACCGACGUCUUGAAGAUCGCCGUCGUUCAUCGCCGGUUCUCUCUUCUAGUUAGAUUGUCUCUCUCCAGUGUUUUGGGCUUCUGAGAAAGCAAUAUAAUGCAGCUGACAUUAGAAUUCGGUGGGGGAUUGGAGCUUCUUUGUGAGUCCAAGAAAAUUCAUAAUGUCAAUCUUGAGCCACAAAAUGGAUCGGAUAAGUUAAUUAUGAAAGAUUUGCUUUCUUGGGUGCGGACAAACUUGAUCAGGGAGAGGCCUGAAAUGUUCAUGAAGGGGGACACUGUGAGACCUGGGGUUCUAGUCCUUGUGAAUGAUUGUGAUUGGGAGCUGAGUGGCCAACUGAACACAUCAUUAGAAGAGAAGGAUGUGGUGGUUUUUAUUUCAACGUUGCAUGGUGGUUAGUUUGUAGUUGGAACAAAUAUGACUUGUAGAUUGAUUAUGAGUGCUCUAUUACAUUGAAGAAUCAAUGUUGACAAUGUGCGCUAUGGCUGGUAUUAAAAUUAUGUAUCAUUCAUGGCUGUUGUACAAGGCUCGGCUUGGCUUGACAAGUCAGAGGGGAUUGGCUUUAGUUUGUUGAUCAGAUGGAUUAUGAAAAGCUGAUAAAUUGUUGUAUUUGUUCCAAAA